AUGCCUACCACCCCAGAGCCUACUACAGCCCAAGAAGCUGCUCCAGCAGCAGCUUCUAGAGAAGAAUCAAAGCCCUAUUCUAUACGGCUUAAUAGGGAUGACCGGAUUCGCAUAUUAACACUACGGGACGCUGGAUUCACGUAUCUGGAGAUCGCUACAAUGCUCCAUGUUACACAUGACCAAGUGCAAUAUACGUGUCAAAGCCAACGUGCUACGCCUAAAAAGGCCCGAGGCAAGACUCCAAAGCUCUCCGAAGAAGAUGUCGACCGGAUUAUUGAAUGGAUAAGCUCUUCAAAGCGUACGCGCCGUAUGCCUUAUUAUAAGGUCGUACAUGAGCUUAAUCUUCCAGUUGGAGCUACGGCAUUAGCCCGAGCGCUUAAAAAACGAGGAUAUACUCGUUGUAAAGCUCUACGGAAGCCUCCUUUAUCAGAUGAGCAUAAACGUGUACGUCUAGCAUGGGCACUUGAGCACGUUAACUGGUCAAUUGAGCAAUGGAAUCGAAUCCUUUGGACUGACGAGACAUGGGUUACGUCAGCAUUCUCACCGGAUCUCAAUCCAAUUGAAGCUGUGUGGAAUUGGAUGAAGGAUUGGAUACAAGAACAAUAUCCAAAUGAUGAGCAGCUUUCUUAUGAUCGAUUACGUGAGGUUGUACGGGCUUCUUGGGAUGCUUUACCGGAUCAAUUUCUCAAGGAUUUGAUUGAUUCCAUGCAAGCUAGGUGUGAGGCUGUAAUUGCUGCUGAAGGUGGCCAUACCAAAUAUUAG